AUGACAGCAAACGAUAUUCACUUCUUCAAGUACUUGGUAAACAAUCAAGUAUUUUACAAAACUAAAUUCACCUAUGCCUUAGUAAACAUAAAGCCAUUGGUGCCAGGUCAUGUUUUGGUUGUCCCUUUACGCACCACAGUAUUACGUUUUGGUGACCUCACACCUGACGAAUCAAUCGACUAUAUGAUCACAUUGCAAUUGGUGCAAAAGUUUAUCACUAAAACCUACAAAGCAGAUGCACUUAAUAUCGCCAUUCAGGAUGGACCUGAAGCUGGUCAGCUGGUGCCACAUCUACAUACACAUAUUAUUCCACGAUACAAGACUGAUGGGUUUGGUGAUUCCAUAUAUAAUAAAUUAGAAUCAGAAGAUUUAGAUGCAGAGUAUAACCACUUUGAAGCUAGAAAACAACAAUAUCGUAAUCAUUUGAAGAUGGAAAAGAGUGAAUUAGCUCAAGAUGAUGCUGAUAGAAAAGAGCGUAUUGUAUCAACAAUGAAAGAGGAAGCUACCUGGUUGAACAACGAAAUUCAAAAAUUUAUUGCGCAUUCGGAAAUAUAA